GCGGAAGUCAGGCGGCCGAGGGACGCUGGCGGAAGAGGCUCCGUUACCUUGGAGAGCGAAGUCUCUGUGUGCUGGGCCCGGGGCCGCUCCGCUUGCGGGACUCGCGGGCGGGGUCCGGCUAGAGCUGGGCGGACGCAGCCCUCAGCGGAUUGAAACGAUCUAAACAUUGAACAGUACAGCUGCCUCGAAUAUUUGGGAAUUUCAGAAUGACUGACACUUCCGAAGCUGUUAAAAAUUUUGAAGAGAUGUUUGCCAGUAGAUUCACAGAAGAUGACAAAGAAUACCAGGCAUAUCUGAAGCGCCCCCCUGACACCCCUCCCAUUGUUGAGGAGUGGAGUAGCAGAGGAGGCGGGGGCCAGAGGAAUCGAGGCAAUUGGUUGCAAGAUAACAGACAGUUUAGAGAUAGGGACGGCCGACGAGGGUGGCCAAGUGACGGUCGGUCGGAUCAGUGGCGCGGCCGGUCCUGGGGUAACAGUUACCCGCAGCAGAGGCAAGAGCCCUACUACCCCCACCAGUACGGACACUGCGGCUACAACCAGCAGCCUCCCUACGGUUACUACUGAUAGAAAUGUCCGCCGCUUUUAAUAAAAACAUCGCUCCAUUACCAUGACAAGAGUCUGUGUGUCUUCUCGGUCAUGGUUGUACGUCCCGUUUCAGAGAACGGAUUAUUGUUUGGAACUUGAGACUUUUUUAAAAAUAGAUCUUACUAGAGAGAUGUGAUGGUUGCCGAGAAUACAAACUGCCCCUGCGGACAUGGCGGCUUGCUCUGACAUCUGCCUCAGGUUCUCUUUGUCUCGUGCCCUAGUAGUGCCUCACGUUUGGUACCGCUGGGAGUUCUUACUUUGUUUUACACAGAAAUCAAUUUUAAGGUAGAACAUGCUUGCCUUUACUUUGACAACAGUGGAGCACCCAUAUCCGUAGGUGUGCUCACCCCUACAGCUCUGCAGAGGCGGGCACGGUUAGUUCAUGAGUGCACAGCUGGCUUGCCUGUGUGUAAUACCAAUAAUGGAGAGGUAAAGCAAGGGUGUAUGUCUUGACUUUUUUGUUAACUAUGGUGCUGUGUGAUUACUUAUUCUAAGGGUGGCAGUUAGCUUCACAGUUGUCUUGGUCUGUUUUUGGAGGAAAAUAAUAAAGCUACACAGUGUGGAAGGAAUUGUGUUUCCGUGUCCUGAUGUCAUGGCGG